AGAAUUGCAAGAUUUUGUAAAAUAAAGAGUAUUUAAAAUUUUCGCAAUACUUUUGACGAAUACGUCACAGCGCCAUGUUGUAUUCCUGCGCUGAUUGCAGGCACGAGAAAUCUGCCAACCCGUUUAUUUUUUGGGAUUAGUGCCCGAGAAUAAAUCGAACUGCGAUUUUGUACUCAAAUAUAUUUUAAGUUAUAUUUGUUGGCAAAUGUCAAAUAGCUAUACUGAAAUCGAUGCAUGCAUGUUGUCGCAUUUUAAGAGCUAACACCUAAUUUCAACUGCAGUUCAGUGCAUCCGCGAAAGUUGAAAGGACUGUGUUGUAAAAGAAAGAAGUGAUAAUUAGCCAAAAUUCCGGUCCCUACGCGCAGACGAGAAGGUGCCUACCCGCCAGGGCAGUCGGGCGAAGGAGAUAUGAACAACAAACGAAAAAAUCGUCAAGGGCCGCCGAGAUCGCCGCGCGGUCGUGUCGUAGCUGAGGGUGUCUAUAACAACGCGCACUUCAUGCACGCCGCCACGUCCCACGUCGGGGACAUCGUCCAGGUUCUCACCCAGAGCGGGUCUCUCUGGGAGGGAGUCUUCAAGACGUUCAGCGCACAGUUUGAGGUGGUGCUUGAAGUAGCCCACCGCGUGGACCAAGAGGGCGGUAUCGCAGUGGAUUCUGUAGUAGAAAAGCUGAUCUUCAAGCCCCAGGAUGUUGUCUCCAUCCGAGCCAAGGAUUCGGAUCUUGAGUACGCGACCCACGACGUGUUCCAGACGGACAGCGCUAUAUCGAAUAAAUUUAAUGGUAAUGGCAGAUCAGUUGAAGAGCGCCAUCUGGAGCCGUGGCAUGGGGAGGGAGACAGCGGGGACGCGCCAAUCGUUAACGGGGAUACCAGGCUCGAGGAGUUGGAGGGAGACCAUCGUGCCAAUGGCUGGGACGCUAACGACAUGUUCAGAAAGAACGAGGAGGUGUACGGAGUACACAGCACAUACGACCACUCGCUGGCCGGGUACACGUUGCCACUGCAGAGGAAAGACACCCAGGACUAUAGAGAAGCAGAAGCCAAAGCCGAGGAGAUAGCAGCAGAAAUUGAAAGCGCUGCAUCUUACAAGGCGAGAAUGGACCUGGAGAAUGGUGACGAGGAGGAGAGAUUCGCGGCAGUGGUCAGACCUGACACUGGGAAGUACGUCAUACCUAACAAGAGGAAGAAUUUACAGUCGGGUAAGUUAGUGAAGCCCUCAAACAACGGCGGUAACCCGUCCGCGGGAGCUGGAGGGGCGAAGCCGCCUGCCUUCGCCCACCCAGCAAAAGAAAAGGAACACCGUCCCCCCAGGCACCACCUCACCCCACCAUCUGACAGAAGACCAGAAGAACAACAAUCGGCCGCGAGUCCAGUAUCACUACCAUCAAACCCGGCUGUGCCCGCCAUCCCACCGGCUGGCGGCUCGUCGGGUGCUAGCAGCAAGAGUUACGCGGCGCAGGCGGGCGGCUACCACGCGCCGCCCUUCCCUCACCACCACCAGCACCCUCCACCGCAUCAGCACCACCACCACCCACAAUCAUCUAGUGGUAAAAUAAAUGGUGAGCAAAGAGCCGCUCCCCUGCCUCGACAAGGUUUCCCACCGCAUCAUCAUCACAACCCACCUCCGGGCGCCGAAAAUCACUCCCGCGCUCGCCUCCACAAUCCCGAACCACGAAGGCAGGAUGAAGUACAGGAGCUUCGAAAGUUUGGUCAAGAAUUUAAGUUGGUAUCGUCACCUGCGCCGCACGCUCCCGCCCAUACGCCUCAGCCGCAGCCGCACACCCAGCCACCACAGACACACCCCCACGCGCACCCUCACGCGCAUUCACAGCAGCAUCCACAGCAACACUCACAAACACACUCGCACACAUCGCAGUCGACAUCUUCAGCGCCCUCGUCAUCUGGCUCGUCGAGUCCUCCGGAAGUAUCAGCCAACUCUGGUUCGCCUUCCACUCCACCUAAACGUGAUCGUCCACAUAAACAUGACCCGCCAGCGCUACCACCUGCUCUGCCGCCGACACCCCAGCCUGGACCGCCUUCACAACAUCACAAGCCACCAUCAGGAUCAAAGCCGGAGGAGGGCGAGGAGUCUCCAGACAGUUCCCCACCAGCUACUUCUCCGGGCGUGGAACGUGUGCCCGUCAAGAAAUCUACCCUAAAUCCUAACGCCAAGGAAUUCAACCCAAGCGCAAAAACGUUCACACCUCGUAGCCCCACAACACCAGGACAUAGCAGACCACACACGCCGGGAACACCAGUGGGUGUGGGCUCAGGCGUGGGUGUAGGCGGCAUGGGUGUCGGCGUGGGCGGCCUGAGCGUCGUGGGCGCCGGGGUCAGUUACGUCGCCGCGCCGCCGCCGCCACAACACAUGGUGGCGGCGGUACCGGCGUACGCGAUGGUGGCCGCGGCUGCUGCUGCCGCUCAACAACCUCCAGCAUACAUACCUCACCCUCAUCCAAUGGAGAUCCCGUGCGAGUGUCGCCAGUAUGCGCCGCCUUUGUUCGUGUUGGACAAGAGAGAGAGGGAGACGUUGUACGGCGCAGCGAUGGGCGGUGGUGCCGUGGCUGGCGGCGGCGGACAACACGCUCCCAUGCAACCACCCCAGAGAAACUUCAGGAAGGGUUCAGGGGUGCAGGUGGCUGCAGCGACCGGCCAGCCACUCCUGACCCCCGCUCCCAUGCAGCCCUUCGUGCCGUACCCACACCCUCACCCCGCGCACCCAGCACACCCCGCACAGCCUGCGCUCCAGUACCAACACAUGGUACGCAUGUACAGCGGCGGCGGCGUGGGUGUAGGUGGUGUGGGCGUUGGCGGUGGUGUGGGCGUCGGUGGCGGCGUGGGCGAGUACGCGCCGCCCGCACCCUCCCCGGCAGCUGCCUCCCCCGCCCUAUAUCCGCCGCCAUCACCCGCACACACCCCGCAUCCUCAUCCUCACCCACAUCCACACCCGCACCACCACUACCAACAACCUCCAUUUCAGGUUCUGUGUCCCCUGAUGGGACCGGGCGGCGCGCACCACCACCACCACCACCCGCAUGUUGCAUACCUCAACCAUGCGCCACCCACCGCCAGCCCGCCCCACCACCCGCACCCCGUGCAGUUUCUGAGGGAGGGUGAAACGCGGUUUUGGUGAGAGAAGACCUUUGUUGACAGAAUUACCGCAACCCGUUGCAGGUGUUGGUGCCGCAGUCGUCGGGCGCCCAUCACCCCCACCCGGCCUAGUGCGACCCUCACAGCCCACGGAAGACUGUCUCGCCAUCUCUGCCAUUAUUUGUGGAGUACUGAAUGUUAUCAUCGCAACACCUAGAC